AAUGAAGCUACUUAUAGCAGUCCUUCUUGUAUCUGCAGUGUUUGCUGUAAUUCCAACAAAAGUGACAAAUUGCAUGGCAAAUCCAGAUAUUGUAUUUACAGAAGCAACAUUGAGUGUCUAACCAUAAAAAGGAGUAGAUGAAACUAUUACACUUUAUGGAACUGCAAACGCUCAUUGUGAAUUAGCUAAUAUGUAAUUAAAAGCUAAAUGGAAUGGAGUCGAUGUCUUUUAAGAAGAUUUUCCAGAGGAUGAAAUCUAUGAUAAGGAUGAUAAAGUUGUUUAUUCAUUAACAUAAAACUUCCCAACAUAUACACCAUCAGUAAGAUAUUAUCAUUAAUUAAUUUUAGGGAAAAAUCACCACUCAAUUUUAUUUCUAGAAUGCCAAGGGAACAAGCUUUGGAUGUGCUGAAAUAUCAAUUGUUUUGUGA